AUGGCGUUGGGUGGCCGCAUUUCGGAGUUUGACGUUCAUGGAAAUUCGACAUGGGAAGAAUACGUCGAGCGCAUCGAACUGUACUGUGCCGUCAACAAGGUGUUGGAGGCCGUGGACAAGAGGGCGGUGCUGCUGAGUGCAGCUAGCAGCAGCUUGUGGCCGGGCGACGUAUUGCUUUUCGAAGCCGCUGAGUACCCGCCAGUCACCGCCGCAGAAGUUGCUGGCUGCACGUCGCAAGACAGUCGGCUAUCGGAAGUAAGGAAAUGGAUCAUCGACGGCUGGCCAAAAGAAGGGGUACCGGAAGACUACGGUGCGUACGAGAUAAGGCAGAACGAACUGUCCCAACAUUCCACGCCGCACUCGGAAUCCGGCAAGAACCCAGCUGAGCUUAUGCUGGGCGGGAGCCUGCGCUCGGGCCUGUCAAAACUUCACCCCGAUGCGAUGGACGUGGAGUGCAAACGGCAGCCUCCAGAACAAAGCUUUCAGUGCGGUGACUCUGUCUACGCAAGGAAUUUUCGCCAAGGUCCGAAGUGGUUGGCUGCUCGUGUGCUACGGCGUCGGGGUCACGUCAUGUACGAGGUCCAGACAUCCGACGGGAGUAUCCAUCGACGCCACCGGAACCACGUGCGAAGGGCCUGGGAA